AUGUCCGCAACUCCCAACGCCCUCUUCACCCCAGUCAAGCUCGGCGCUUUGAAUCUCGCUCACCGCGUCGUUCUCGCGCCUCUGACGCGCUGCCGCAACUCGAUUGACAAUGUUCCGCAGGACAUUGCGGUCGAGUACUACGCCCAGCGCGCCUCCCACGGCGGUUUGCUGAUCAGCGAGGCAACCGUGGCUGGGUGGCGCAAGGUCACCGACGCCGUCCACGCCAAGCAGGGCCUCAUUGUCACCCAGCUUUGGCACACGGGUCGCGUCGGCCAUUCCGGCUUCACCGGCGUGCCCGGUGUCGCCCCUUCGGCCAUUGCGAUCGCCGACGGCACCAAGAUUUCUACCCCCAAGGGCACGUUCGAUCCCGAGGUCCCGCACGCGCUGACUGUCGAGGAAAUCGCCGAAGUUGUCGAGCAGUACCGCAAUGCAGCCAAGCUUGCCCGUGAGGCCGGCUUUGAUGGCAUCGAGCUCCAUGGCGCCAAUGGCUAUCUCAUUGAGCAGUUCUUGUCACCCAAGUCCAACAUUCGCACAGACCAGUACGGCGGCUCGGACGAAAACCGCGCGCGCUUCCUGUUUGAGGUGGUCGAGGCCGUCCUGCAAGAAUGGCCCAGCGCCCGCGUCGGCCUCCGUCUCAGCCCCGCCGGUGUGUUUGGCGACGUUCUUCACCCGACUCCCCUCGAAACAUUCUCGCCCAUCAUUGCGCGCCUCAACCAGUACAAGCUGGCCUAUCUUCACCUGAUUGAUCCCCGGAAGCAAUCCGAGCUGCUGCCCGAGUCUGGCAUCUCCCAGCUCAUCCACACCCUUUCCCGCUUGUCCACCAGCCCGGUCAUUGGUGCCGACGGCUUUGAUCGCGACACUGCAGCUGCGGCGGUGAAGAAUGGCUCCUUUGAGGCAAUUGCCUUUGGUCGCCACUUUAUCGCCAACCCGGAUUUGCCCCUGCGUCUUCUCUUGGGCACCGAGCUCAACCCUUACGACCGCAGCAGCUUCUACGGCGGCUCUGAGAAGGGCUACACUGACUAUCCCUUCCUGACUCCCGAGCAAACAUCGAUCGGUCUUGGCAAUCUCAUCGGCAACAACACGGACCGGACCGCAAUUCCCCUCAGCGACAAGCUGGCUGCACUUGAGCAAGAGUCGAGCUCUUGGAAGUCGGCCUCGCAACUGAUUGCGCCUGCGUUGCUCCUCUAA